CUCCUCCGUCCCCAACUGCUGAUCUAAGGUGUCGGGAUUCUUAGCUCCAUCGGAGAAGCUGAAUUCGAUGAGGCACCGCUUCUGUGAGCGUCUGAAGUAAAACUACUUACUCAAGUGUUUCGGUUGAGAAGUUAUUGCUGAACUCCGGGCAAUUCACCUCGGUUGUUUAGAUCCUUCUCGUUGAUUUAAUCGGGAGGCUUCUUUUCCGGACUUUCCUCUACUGCUACUGCCAGAGGGAAUGGCUAGAUCUGUUGAUCCGCCAAAUGGCACUGGGAAUCCUGGGAAGCAUUACUUUGUGAUGUUGCAAAGUCUUUUUGAGAUUGACACCAAGUAUGUGCCCAUCAAGCCGAUUGGUAGGGGAGCAUAUGGGAUUGUUUGUUCUUCUGUGAACAAGGAGACAAAUGAAAAGGUUGCAAUUAAAAAAAUUAACAAUGUUUUUGAAAAUCGAGUCGAUGCACUUCGAACACUAAGGGAAGUGAAACUUCUCCGCCACCUUCAUCAUGAGAAUGUCAUUGCUUUGAAGGAUAUUAUGAUGCCGCCUCAUAAGAAUUUCAGGGAUGUUUACCUUGUAUACGAACUCAUGGAUACUGACUUGCAUCAAAUUAUCAAAUCCCCUCAAACGCUCUCUAAUGACCAUUAUCAGUACUUUCUGUUCCAGUUGCUUCGUGGACUGAAAUAUCUUCAUUCAGCAAAUAUACUGCAUCGAGACCUGAAGCCCGGAAACCUCUUGAUCAAUGCAAACUGUGACCUCAAGAUUUGUGACUUUGGUCUGGCUCGAACAAGCAACGGGAAAGGUCAGUUCAUGACUGAGUAUGUCGUCACCCGUUGGUAUCGAGCCCCCGAGCUUCUUCUUUGUUGUGAUAAUUAUGGAACAUCGAUAGAUGUAUGGUCCGUGGGCUGCAUCUUCGCUGAGUUGCUCGGCCGCAAACCUAUUUUCCCCGGAUCCGAAUGCCUAAACCAGCUCAAGCUCAUCGUAAAUGUCUUGGGCACCAUGAAUGAUUCUGAUCUUUCUUUUAUCGAUAAUUCUAAGGCUCGAAAAUACAUCAAAUCACUUCCGUACACGCCAGGCAUAUCUUUCACUUCUCUUUAUCCCCACGCAGAUCCCUUAGCCAUUGAUCUCCUUCAAAAGAUGCUGGUCUUUGAUCCCUCUAGAAGGAUCAGUGUUAUUGAGGCACUUCAGCAUCCUUACAUGUCUCCUCUUUAUGAUCCAAGCUGCAAUCCUCCGGCUGAUGUCCCCGUCGACAUUGAGGUUGAUGAAGACUUGGGAGAAGAGAUGAUUAGGGAAAUGAUGUGGACUGAGAUGCAUUAUUACCAUCCAGAGGAUCCUUCCAUAUAUAUGCCAGAUGUUGCGGAGUGAGAUGUUUUAUUUCUCUUAUGUGGAAAAAGGAUGUUUAAUUACCAUUCAUAAGUUUCUCGAGUAAUGGUUUGGAAAAUAUUUUCUAUUUCAAACAAUAAG